GGCCGCAGAUGAAGAAGAGGCGGCGGCAGUGGUGGAAGAGGAGGCGGCGGCGGUGGCGGCGGCGGCGGCGGCGGGGGUAGGAAGCCUGGAAACGCGAGCGGGGAUGGUAGGUGGUUUGGACCCGCCAGGCUGCCGUCGUUUCCAGAAAGGGUUUGACUGGAGGAACCUCUGGAGCAGCUGUGGGCUGGCUCCUCUGGCUGAUGGCAUGUUGAGGUACAUGGACCAGUGGCAACGAGGGCAUUUGAUCCGGAGGGGGCCACUCUAGAGGCCCGACUACCACCAUCAUGGGCCAGUGUGUCACCAAAUGCAAGAAUCCCUCAUCUACCCUGGGCAGCAAGAAUGGAGACCGGGAGCCUAGCAGCAAGUCACAUAGCAGGCGAGGUGCAGGCCACCGUGAGGAACAGGUGCCACCUUGUGGCAAGCCAGGUGGGGAUAUCCUCGUCAAUGGAACCAAGAAGGCAGAGGCUGCCACUGAGGCCUGUCAGCUGCCAAUGUCCUCGGGAGAUGCUGGGAGGGAGUCCAAGUCCAAUGCUGAGGAGUCUUCCUUGCAGAGACUGGAAGAACUGUUCAGGCGCUACAAGGACGAGCGGGAAGAUGCAAUUUUGGAAGAAGGCAUGGAGCGUUUUUGCAAUGACCUAUGUGUUGACCCCACAGAAUUUCGAGUGCUGCUCUUGGCUUGGAAGUUCCAGGCUGCUACCAUGUGCAAAUUUACCAGGAAGGAGUUCUUUGAUGGCUGCAAAGCAAUAAGUGCAGACAGCAUUGACGGGAUCUGUGCACGGUUCCCUAGUCUCUUAACAGAAGCCAAACAAGAAGAUAAAUUCAAGGAUCUCUACCGGUUUACAUUUCAGUUUGGCCUGGACUCUGAAGAAGGGCAGCGGUCACUGCAUCGGGAAAUAGCCAUUGCCCUGUGGAAACUAGUCUUUACCCAGAACAAUCCUCCAGUAUUGGACCAAUGGCUAAACUUCUUAACAGAGAACCCCUCAGGGGUCAAAGGUAUCUCCCGGGACACUUGGAACAUGUUCCUUAACUUCACUCAGGUGAUUGGCCCCGACCUCAGCAACUAUAGUGAAGAUGAGGCCUGGCCAAGUCUCUUUGAUACCUUUGUGGAGUGGGAAAUGGAGCGAAGGAAAAGAGAAGGGGAAGGGAGAGUCGCACUCAGCUCAGGGCCGGAGGGCUUUUGUCCCCAGGAGCAGACUUAGUGGCUCUGUCCCAGGAGCAGCUGUGAGGAUCGGCAAGCUGCCCUGAAGCCAAGCAAAGAAUUGGACCUUUCUGGAAGUUACUGAAGAUCCGGAUAUUUUCUACUUUUACACCUUUCUCUGCCUUGUAUCUGAAAGGGCUCUAAAAUGCUGUAUCAUGUUUUAGGCACUUUCUUCAUUUUCGGUUAUUUUGGUUAUUUCUUUUUUUGGAGGGGGGAGGGAAUCCCCCAAAAUAUUUGAACCUGGCUACAUGUUGUGUAUCUUUUUUUUUUUUUUUUAAAGCCUUCAGAUAGAAUAAGCCUGCCAUUUCUUGCACAAAUUUUAGAUUUUGGUUUGUUUUGUGGGGGAGGGCAUAAGAUUGGGUGGGGGGGAAAUGGGACUGUUAGGUUGAAUUAACAUUACAAAAUGAUACAGUGCCAGAUCUCAGUUUUGCAUAGAUUUUUUUUUUUCCAAGGCAGGUCUGUACUGUGUGUAGUGCUGUUUACAUGGUUGAGUUUAGGUUGUAAUAAUUAUUUUUAAAAGAUUUACACAACUUUGAAUAGCAGUGUUAACUGUUUAACCACAUUGCAUUAAUUUUCAGACAAUUUAGAACUCUUGGAGAGCUAAGGCCAACAAGAGUAUUCGCAGUCUGGUGACAAUGCCCUUUUAAGCUAACUUAUCCCAAACCUUUGUUUCCCUCACUUCUAGUUCAUUCCUUCUUUGUGACCUAUUGCGUUUCAUGUUGAGUUUAUCAUCAACAUGCUGCACGUGUCAGUCAAGUGAGCAGUUUUGUUUCCUUUUAGAACACGUUGUACUAAGAACCACUUACAUUGAAUGCAGAGAAAGCAGUGCUACCUCAGUUUUGCUGGAAGUAGAUUUAUUUGAUAGUUUUCUUUCUUUGAUGAAGUUUCUGUAUUUUCAUAUUAUAAGUGGAAAUACUUUUCUUUUUUUUUUUUCUAUUUGCCUUGGAGCCAAAGUUUCUGUUCCUGGUAGUCGGAAAACUGUGCCGGCCGGCCAGCUGACUUGAAAGAAAACUGUGGUAUGGAGCUCUGCUUGAACUUUUGUUUUACUUUUAUUUUAUUUUAUUUUUUAAAAAAAUUCAUCAGCUUACUUGUCUGGCAAGUGCAGAAGCCUAGGACUGGCUUGAUCUCUGCCAAACAAAUGAUCAAAGUGUAUUUAAUAGUUCAAAGUGCGCCCUUUUCCCUUCUUGCUGCACCCAUGUUGUCACUUAACCCCCAGGAGUUAUUUAUUGUCUUUUUGUUAAUGUCAAGCUCAUAGGGGGUAAUGUGAUGACUGUUUAGGUUUACAUGACUCUCUUCCCCUUGCCUGUCCCCAAGUGUGUGUGUGUGUGUGUGUGUGUGUGUGUAUACAUAUAUAAAGUAUGUAUAUAUUUUACAUAUAUAAAAAUAUAUAUAUACACAUAUAUGUAUCUAUAUUUCUGUUUCUUUGCCUGCUAAAACUGGCCAUAAAAGAGGGAGCUGCCUUCACCAUAUAGUUCAAGAAGAGUGCCAGGGUGCGUAAUUGAGGCUGUAGCAUAUGAAUUUGGACCAUUUUUACUAAAGAGAACAUGAAUUUGCUUAUAGGGAGGAGGACCCAGUUCCCUUUUUGCUCACUUUACAAGGCCAGUUUUUGAUCAAACUGCCACUGGUCCCUGAGGAGCUGAUUUGUCCUACCUGGUUUUCGUAAUGGGGGCCCUCUUGCUAUUUUUCCAUUAAAAAAAAAAAUCUAUAUAUAUAUCUAUAUAUAUAUCUUGAAAAACCUGUACUGGAAGGGUGGGUGGCAGGAGCUUGUACAGUUCAGCUUUCAACACUUUGGAACAGUUUAAAAAGGGAAUCUUUGAAAUAAAAACUUAUAAAAAAUGUU